AAAUAAAUAAAUAAAUAGAUAAAAGGAAAGUCCAAUUUACGAACUCCUUCGCAAAAAAAUCGCUCCAAAUCCUAAUGUUGCCACUGUACUCACUGUAUUACUGCAAGAUGAUAAACCAUUUAAGCACACCUUGAAGCUUGUGCAAAAUCACCCACAGCAAAAUCAACAUUCUUUCACCAAUCUAUCUAACCAAAACCUCACUACUUUGAUAAGACAUUCUCCCUCACCUCUUUCGCCGGAUAAAAUGGAGGAUAUCGGAGCAGUUACUGGCGGUUCCGGUAAUUUAUCUUGCAAAGUAGUCUCUGUGGCAGCCGGAGAAGCCCAUACUCUUGCGCUUACAGGAGAUGGGUGCGUGUAUUCUUGGGGAAGAGGAACAUUUGGGAGACUUGGGACUGGUUUAGAAAAGGAUGAGCUUUACCCAGUUAAAGUCAAGUUCGAUAUGUGUGAGGAAUUUGAAGAAAGAAAGCUCAAGUUUGUGGGAAUUGCUGCUGGAGCUUAUCACAGUGUUGCUCUUGCAGAUGAUGGAUCAGUUUGGUGCUGGGGUUAUAAUAUCUGUAUCCUUGAUCCUGAAAGUAGUCUUGGUAUUCUGUGCAACCUUAACUUUUGUAUGGAUGGCCAACUUGGUGGGAAUGAAGAAAAUGCUGCAGUGCCUCGCAUGAUGGAGCAGUUCCAUGAGUUGAUAUAUCCUGGUUCUGCAACAAAUGAAUCAGAAACAAAUAGAGAAGUACCACUGAAGGUUUGUUCUGUUAAAGCUGGUGGAAUGAUGUCUCUUGCAAUUGAUAAUCUUGGGGCCCUGUGGAUGUGGGGGAAUUGUCCCCAACAGAACAGCGAGAGUGGUUUCUCCCUAGUGAGCAGUUUCACUCCUAUUCCUGUCUGGGAUUUCUAUGGUCACACUGUUGUUAAGGUGGCAUGUGGAAAUGAACAUGUUGUAGCAUUGGUCAGCGAGGGGGAAACAUAUAAAGGUGAAGAUCUGCUAUGCUACUCAUGGGGAAAUAAUAAUCAUGGCCAGUUGGGUCUGGGAGAUACAGAGAGCAGAGUCUGCCCUGAAAUUGUUGAAACAUUUAACCAGGACUCUCCCUGGGCUGUGUAUGAGGUAUCAUGUGGUGCAUUUCAUACUGCUUUGCUCACCUGCAAAAAGAGACCAAAUGACAAGUUACAAAGUACAUGCUGGACAUUUGGCUUAGGAGAAAAUGGGCAGCUUGGGCUCGGAACCACCCAAAAUGCACUGAAACCUGAACCUGUGAAAGAAUUGCCAGAGUAUGCAUACUUGAUCUCUGUUGAUUGUGGUUUAUUUCAUACAAGUGUUGUUUCAUCCGCUGGAGAUGUGUGGUCAUGGGGAAUGAUGAAUGGGCUUGGACUUUGCCCAGAUGCUAGAUUUACUGGAACAGAUGCAGGGGAUGCUAUUUCUCCCCUACUAAUCACAGGAACUAAAUUCAAUGAUCCAGUCCAAAUUACUUGUGGGGCUGCCCAUACUGUUCUUGUCACAAAUGGCGGAUAUAAACUUUGGUCCUGGGGCAGAGGAAGAAGUGGAGCCCUUGGAAAUGGGAAGGAGAUAGAUGUUUUGGUUCCUGGUGUUAUGCUGUGGCCUCCACUGACGGAGGUUGUCAAGAACCAAGAAUCAAACAACAGUGUUGAGGAGGAUAAUCUUGUAAAGAAGGGAUCUGAAGAAGUUACAGAAAUGGAGAAUAAACUGUCGUUGGCGAUGGAGGAGAUGAAGCUUCUUCAGUCUAAACUUACCAUAAUGGAGCGGUAUGCUGGUAUACUUCAUGGUUCAAUUUUUGGGAAACCUUUUGCAGAAGAUGAUCUUCCAAUCUCAUUGCAGAAUUCAGAUACUUUUGAUAUUGCAAAAGCGUGGGAAGAAAUGUUAGAAUCAGCAGAUCGCAGUAAGCUUAUUAGGUUGGAAAUCUUUUACCGAAACAUGCUUGCAGGUGUCAAAGAUAAGAAGAUGAAGAGAAGGAUCCAGGAAAUCAUACAGGAGUAUCUCCCUUCUGUAACUCCAGGAAAAUAGUGCCGUGAAAGUGAAAAUUGAAAAAAUGAGACACAAGAAAGUUGGUUACCUGCAGCACGACUUAAAAGUUAAUACAUGUUGUACUUCCUCGGAGUCUUGCGUUUAUAUGAUCUGUGAAGAUUGUAAGGGUUUAUUAUAUACACGCGUGAUUCUCCAAAACAUAUACAUACAGAUUAGUACAGCAGAAUAAGCUUCUUAAUGAAAAGAUAUAGCUGAUUUAACUGCAAUCCAGUCAGCUUUUUUCCGAA